AUGGCGAGCUCCAAGUUCUCCCAACGGCUCUGGAGGGCAGCCCCAAGGCUUAUUCCGAGGGAGCAGAGUCGCCAAUUAACUCUGCAUGAGUACCAGGCACAAAAUAUUCUGAGAGACUAUGGCGUUCGUGUGCCUCGCGGCCGGACAGUAAAGACGGCAAACGAAGCGCGAAUUGCAGCACAAGAGCUUGGCCCUGCGUGCAUGAUCAAGGCCCAAGUCAUGGGCAGAGAUGUGAAAAGCGGUGUUCAAGCCGUUUCCACUCCAGAACAAGCUCACGAAGUUGCAGCCAAAAUGCUCAGCCAAACUCUUCUCCCCAAGCAAAACAGCCCUAAUGGCCAUGUAGUCGAGAACCUUUACAUCACAGAAACGGCAGCCUACGACUCACAAUGGUACCUCGCCAUGACAAUUGACCGUGAAAACUACCGCCCUGCCAUUAUCAUUUCGAAAAACGGCGGAAUCGACCUGGAAAUUCUUCUCCAAGAACACCCCAAGAGCGUAUUCACCUUUAACUUUGGCCUAUCAGAAGGCAUCAGCGACUCCCUCGUACAAAAUAUCGAGAAGACGCUCACCAUGACGGCCGGCGAAUCGCAAAAUUUGAAACAGAUCCUCACCCAAAUGUACUGCAUCUUCCUCGACCGCGAAGGCACCCACCUCGAAAUCAACCCCCUGGCCCAAUCGCCAGACGGCUCCUUCACAAGUCUAAGCGCAAACUUCACAUUCGACAACGCCGCCGCCAGACGACAAGAAGAGCUGUUUGCCCUGCGCGACAAGACGCAAGAAGUACAAGACGAAGUGGAAGCCGAGAAACACGGGCUUGUGUACGUCAAAAUGGACGGAAAUAUAGGCAACGUCGUCAACGGCGCAGGACUGGCAAUGGCUACAAACGACGCUAUUGGAUUCCAUGGCGGUGCGAGCGCCAACUUUCUCGACGCGGGUGGCAAGGCGACCAAGGAUACCAUGAUACAGGCGUUUCGCAUCAUCACGCGGGAUGAGAGGGUCAAGUCUAUUCUGGUCAAUAUAUAUGGCGGGAUCACGCAAUGCGACAUGAUUGCCGAGUCGAUUAUUGGCGCGACGAGCGAGUUGGGUAUAAAGGUGCCUAUGGUGGUGAGAUUGCAGGGGACGAAUUCUGAAAAGGGGCUGAAAAUGUUGGAGGACGCGGAUCUGGGGUUGGUGGUUGAGUCUGAUUUCGGGGAGGCGGCGAGGCGGGCGGUUGAACUGGCGGUAGAUUAG